GGAGUCCAACUUUCAAGAUGUCCCGGAUGCCAGAGAACUCGGUCGAAUCGCUCUUCCUUCAAGCAACGGAGAGGGGCGACCGAAAGGCCAUUAUCUUCGCCCUCGAAAACGCCCCAGACCUCAACGUCAAUUGCACGGAUGCCGAUGGAAACUCCGCUUUGGUCGUAGCAAUACAAAAUGGAAACUCAGAUAUAGUAAAGUUAUUAUUGGAUCAUAACAUUCAGCUUGGUGAUAGUUUACUACGUGCUGUAGAUGCUCAAUUCACGCCAGGUGUACGACUCAUAUGCGAUCAUAUAAAGAAGAAAAAUAUUCCAGAAGCGCUGAAUUGCAAGGCGCUGAACGGUGAUUUUCACCCCGACGUCUCCCCGCUUGUCCUGGCCGCUCAACACAACAACUUCGACACGAUCAAGACGCUCCUGGAGGCAGGAGCCAGGAUCAAGGAUCCCAGGGAGAACCUGGACCAAAGCGAGGUCCACACCCUCGAGAACUCUGUAGGAAUGCUCAAUCUCUACAAGGCCUUGGCCAGUCAAUCUUAUAUCUCCCUGACUUCGUCGGAUCCCUUCAACACCACCUUUGAGCUGUGUGCCAAGAUGCGAAAGCUCAUGAGGACCAAAUACGAGUUCUGCGAUCAGUUCCAGGAACUGGCAGACCAGUGUGAGCAGUUUGCUGCAGACCUACUUGAUCAGGUACGAGAUUCGGGAGAGCAAGCCUACAUCUUGAACCAUGACUCGUAUGGCUGGGGUAAUCCAAACUCGAACUCUGCCGCUGAGCAACCGAACAGAGUCAAAGCCGCCAUUCACUUUGAACAAAGAAAGUUUGUCGCCCACCCUCACUGCCAACAGCGUUUGAUCGAGCGCUGGUACGCCGGCCUACCGGGCUGGCGAGACAUGAGCUCGUUAAGGUCGGGGUUCCUCGUUUUCCUCAUGGGUCUGGGUUUCCCUCUCCUCUCCAUCGCCUACAUCAUCUACCCCCGCGGGCGCUACCGUGACUUCCUCUCCAUCCCCUACGUCAAAUUCGUCUGCCAUACGUCAUCCAUGAUCUACUUCCUCCUCCUGCUCCUCUACCAAACGAUGGCCGAGAACCAGGUGCGGACGGAGACGGACACGAUGACGGACGGUAACGGGACGACCACGGCGACGAGGGCCAUUGAUUCCAGGUCGGACCCGCCGACGAUUACCAUGCUACUCAUUGUAGCAUGGGUAGCAGGUCAAACGUGGCAAAAGUGCAAGGAGUUAUGGUACAAUGGCGCUAGAUUCUUUGUCAACUUGUGGAAUUAUUUUGAUUUCUUCAUGCUCUCUCUCUUUUGGAGUUUCAUCGCACUCAGGGUGAUGGUCUACAUACAGGCACUCGCAGCCGAAAACGCAUCAUUCCACAUCGCACCGCGGUCGCAGGACCUGAACGCGACGCUGCCCCCGCCAACAAGUGCCAGCUCGAUGGACACCAGCGUGCUCAACGACAACGCGGUGGUGACCGAAACCCUGGACGGCAUCCAGGACAACCUGCAGGGUAUCCACGAUCGUCUUGACCAGCUGGGAGUCGGACAAUCCCAGAUCAAAUCCAUGUUCUCAGCAGAUUCGGGUGAAGGUUCGUCAAGCAGAAGACGGGGCAGUGGCGGCCUAGCUAAGACCGACAUCACGGAGAAUGAAGACUUCGAACGGGCUAAUUGGGGUGCUUACGAUCCGGUCCUUAUUGCUGAAGCUCUCUUUGCAAUAGCAAAGGUAUUGAGUUUUCUUCGACCUAUCUGUAUAACCGUGGUCAAUCGCCAUGUCGGGCCUAUGCAGAUCUCACUUGGUGGUAUGAUCAUAGACAUCUGUAAGUUUCUUCUUAUCUUCUGUUUCGUCUGGUUCGCUUUCUCCCUCGGUAUGAACCAGCUUUAUUGGUACUACUCAGCCUUCAUUACAACGCAGCCAUUCGGAACGUUAGGGGAAACGAUGGCAACUCUUUUCUGGGCUCUGUUCGGGCUACCCGAUAUGAAUAUCGUCAACCUGUCCAGCCAGGCGAACAUACCCCACACCUUCACGCAAACAGUGGGAAACUUCCUCUAUGCUACAUAUCACGUGAUAUCUAUCGUGGUGCUGCUGAACGUGCUUAUCGCUAUGAUGAGCAACACGUAUACGCGUGUUGAGAUGGAUGCCGACAUCGAGUGGAAAUUUUCAAGGUCUAAACUCUGGAUGAGUUACUUCGACGAUCUUGGAACAGUGCCCCCACCGUUCAACAUCAUACCAACUCCCAAAGCCUUCUUCUAUUUCUUCCGGUGGUUAUUUUGUGAAGUGGUUUGCAGAGGAGAAAUGGCAAGAGCAUACAAGGAACGAUUGAAGAGCUUGGUUGAUGAACGACAGUUGCGUUUCAAGGAAGUCUCGGACCAUCUCGUCAGGAGGUAUCACUUCGAGAAGCGUCACCAGGAGGAGGACGAUGACCAGGCCAACAUCCUGAACGAGCUCAAGCAGGACAUCUCAGGUUUCAAGUUUGAGAUGUUCGAAGCCCUGGGUGAGAUGGACAAGAAGAUUCGACAGGUGGAGGCCAAGGUGCACGACAAGGACUUGGAUGACGAUGGCACACUCGGUACAGGGAUGUUCCAGGCUUUACGAGACGCCAUGAAAGAGCCCGAACGGCGGGACAGCAUGUGUUCAGUAUCAUCAGGCUGUUCAGUAGCCAUGGUCGACAUGGCCCAGGCCAAGACAGAGAAGAAACCUAAAUGGCUGGACGAAACCGAGUUGGAACUCCAGCCGUUGGUCCCACCGGUCGUCACACGAGAAGAAUCGUCGACAUCACCUCCGAACGGCAUCCACGCCAACCAACUCCGCUUUAUUGACGAGGACGAUGCGCUAGGAACACAUCGAAACACAGAAGCGUAAUGAUGGCAUCAUCAAAAACACUGGCCGAUCGUUGAUGAUGAUUCCUGAUUGGUCAGCUAGCUGGCAUCACGUGGUCUACUAAUGCCGUGACUCGUACAUUCGCUUUUCAAUACACAAUGGGCAUUAAAUACUGUGUCAGUUUUAUAAUGACUUUGACCGACUUAAUUCGAGGGAAAGAGAUCUUUGAACUAUUAUAUGUACAGUGUUUUAGAGAAAGGCAAUGGUUAGCCUAUCGUAUAAACUUGGCAAGGUGACAGCAUGCUUUGAAAUGAGGUUUUAUUCAAUGACGCAGCGUACUCAGGAUGAAGCCAGUAAAUUACAUCCCACCCCUUCCCCAUUUGAAGGUGAGGGUCGGACGAUCAGUUCAACUGGAAAUAUGUCUACAGGAUAUGGGUUUUUCAUGAUAUUUUACCCCCCC